AUGCGAAUGAAAAACUGUCCAUCGGUUGAUGACAGUUCAGUACCUACUCCGAUGAUCGAAAAACCAAAAGUUAUAGAUAAACCAACGGACAAACAUACUCCAGUUAUUAAAACACCAAAAAGUUUAGAUAAACCUGUGGAAAAAACGCCUCCAGAGAUCAAAACACCAAAAACUGUAGAUAAACCUAUGGAAAAAACGCCUCCAGUGAUCAAAACACCAAAAACUGUAGAUAAACCUGUAGAAAAACCGUCCCCAGUGAUCAAAACACCAAAAACUAUAGAUGAACCCAUGAAAAAAACGCCUCCAGUGAUUAAAACACCAAAAACUGUAGAUAAACCUGUGGAAAAAACGCCUCCAGUGAUCGAAACACCAAAAACUGUAGAUAAACCUGUGGAAAUACAGCCUCCAAUGAUUGAAAAUCCAGAAAAACCAAAAUAUCAAGAAAAAUCUGUCAACCAAGUACUUGUUGUCAAACCUAAAUUGUCUGAAAAACAAGUAUCGAAUGAGAUGAUAAUGGUGGAGUCACCUAUUCGGAAAAAAAAUUGUUUAUGGAUCACACCAAUACCAGUGUCUGCCUACAAAGACUAUUUUGAUUCAAUACCCAAGCAACUGUUUUUAUAA